AUGGACCAAUAUCUUUCAACGUAUAAAAAAGAUUACGUCUGGCCUUCCACCAGAUUGAGGCACGCCUCAUCUUCGCUUCGCGAAGCCGACUCCUCUUGUAUCUGUAAAUCGAGUUCACGUGAAUUAAAAGUGAUUAAUCUUUGCGGAGAUGCUCAAGAUUGGAGUAGAAUCGGUCCCAUGGGACGUCUUUUGGAUGCCAAAUUGUAUCCAGCGAAAACUGGGCCGUCUGCGGAAUCCGAGGCGACGAAAUUUGACCAACCGAGCGCCUAUAUGAAUAAGUUGGAAGAGAAAUAUCCUAAUCUAUAUGGAAUUCUACAGAAAGCCCCCGUGGAGGAGAUAAUUAAACGCGUGGAUGAGGAUCGACUGAAGACGACCUAUCAGGUGGAUUAUUCAGAGUCAGGAGCUAAAAGUAUGACUGAUACACCCACCGGACAUUGUGCUGCUAUCGAACAACCUGACAAACAAGAUCUUCAGCGAUCUGCUGAUAAACGUAAGCAUGAUAUAGAUAAAGGUCAGAAAGCCGCGAAGAAAAAAACAGUGAAGAAAGAGGAAGAAGAAUCUCAAGAAACGCGAUUACCACCUUGGCGAUCAGAGUAUCAAGAUAAUAUCGGUAGGCUAGGUGAAGCCAUUCUGAAAGCGAGAAUUCAUCAGAAAAAGAAACAAGGACCAGCCUGGGAAACGGCUGUCUUAUGA